AUGGAGAAACACCAAGUGGGUUCAAGGCCACAUGUGGCACUCUAUCCAGUUAUGGGUUUGGGCCAUCUUAUUCCCUUCCUUGAGCUUGCAAGAAACCUCGUUUCCUCCCACGGUUUCACCGUCACCCUAAUCACACCCUCCUGGAACGUUUCCCCUUUGGAAACUAAAUAUGUUUCAGACCUCCUUACCUCCAAUACCAACACAAUCCGUCAAGUAGAGCUUCCGCAAAUUCCUUCCGACGGAGAAGACGUCAAAGAUGUCUUUACCUUCGUUCUGGAUCAAAUAAGCAAGGCCAUGCCUGCGGUGGAGCAAAAUCUGAGGAUACUACAACAGCCCAACGGCCCUUUCUCGCCGGUUCGUGCGUUGAUAUCUGAUCUCUUCCACGCGUCAUCUCUGGACGUGACUGACUCUCUGGGCUUGCCAAAUUAUGUCCUGUUUACAUCCUCUACGGCCUUCCUCUGUUUCAUGUUGUGUGUCCCUCGCCUUUAUUUGUCUGAUGGAAACGAGGCUCCUCCGUUUUCCGUCAAUAUCCCGGGCUGGAAGAAUCCCUUCCAUGAGCGCGAUUUUCCAGAGGUGUUGCACAACAAGUCCUCUACGAUGUUUCAUGGCUUCCUUCGCCUCUGCUCUCCCUUACGAGCGAUGAAGGCGAUUCUCGUCAAUACAUUUGACGCCUUGGAAACUCAGACAAUUCAUGCCUUGCUGUCCGCUAAAGUCCCAGAAAUCGACCGCCUACCGCCGGUACAUGCGAUUGGACCGAUUAUACGGUCGGUUGAUCUGCCCCAGGAUGACAGGAAGGGAGAAGAGCGCUUAAAAAUGUGGCUGGAUAGCCGGGCAAAGGCAUCGGUGGUGUUCGUGUCGUUUGGUACGCGGGGGUUGAUGUCCACAGAACAGUUGAUAGAAAUUGCCCUAGGGCUGGAAGCGAGCGGCCUAAACUUUGUUUGGGUUGUGCGGGGCAUUAGUAAUACUAAAAAUGGUACUUCUAAUCUGGAAGUGGAGUUGAGUAGCGUACUUCCCGAGGGUUUCUUGAGCCGUGUUGAGGGUCGGGGAAUAGUACUUACUUCUUGGGCUCCUCAGGUUGCGAUCCUUUCCCAUCCAGCGGUGGGAGCUUUUGUUUCUCAUUGUGGAUGGAAUUCUACGCUGGAAGCUAUUUGGUUUGGAGUCCCCAUUGUUGCCUGGCCUCUGUAUGCUGAGCAGAGAAUGAAUUGCUUGUCAAUUGUAAAUGAAUGGAUGGUGGGUUUGGAGGCUGUCAAGGGAGAGGAUGGUUUGGUUGGCCGGGCGGAGUUGCAGAGUGUGCUGGAAAAAGUUAUGGAUGGAGAAGAGGGGAGAUUGGCGAGGAAGAAUAUGGAGGAGUUGAGUUUGAAAGCGAGAUGUGCAGUCACAGAAAGGGAAGGAAGCUCCUUUGAGAGCAUGGAGGCUUCAUUUAGUGGCCUUGUUAUAGCCACCGAAAAGUAA